AUGGCAUCGAUCGCGGAACAACUCUGGGAGAAGUACCUCCCGGAUGCUUAUUGCUCUCUGUAUAAUCCCUGGGUCGUGGGUAUUGCGACUGGCAAGCUGCCGAAGGCUGCGUGGCUUGACUAUUUGCAGCAGGAUACGUUCUAUUUGAGUAUCUACGAGAAGGCCUACUUCCGGGUGAUUGAGCUUUGCAAAGAGCGCGGAGACGACUACCACCGCGAGAUCUGCGAGGCUAUUAACUCCGUGGUUCGCAGAGAGCUCGAUUCCCAUGUAAAGAAGACAAAUGAGUCAGGCGAGGCGAUGGAGGAAUUCAAGGCAAAGAAGGCGACGCGUGAUUACACGGAUUUGGUGGUCAAUGCGUAUACGAAUGGUUGCCUUUCCGAAAUCGUGACGGCCCUGUGUCCUUGCAACAAACUAUACGACUUUAUUGGUCACGAGAUCGCUGCGAUCUUCCCCGACCACAACCACGCUUACAGCGAUUGGAUCCGCAUAUACGCCAGUGAAGACCUGACCCGUUCCUCCGAUCAGCUGUACGAGAUGAUGAGCUCCUUCCCCGCGCCCGCCGACCCGAAUUCUUUGGAACACUAUUUCAGCGAGGCCAUGCGAUUGGAGUACGAGUUUUUCGACCAGCAAGAUCACGUGCCGCCACUUUUUACCGCCAAAUUUAUUCAAUUCGUGGGGGUCGGAAACGCCCAGCCCAGCGAGUGGGAACACAGUCCGGAAUACAAACACCGCAUCGAAACACUAUUCCAGGAGGACGUUUCAUUGGAGAAACUUUUGGAGGCGCUCCGCGCCGCGCCUGAAACCCCCGCGGGAACCGUGGAAUCGGCGGCGUCGCGGCGCUUUUUGUCGCUUUCCCGCGAUUCUGGGAAGGUUGUCAAGCCGUUGACGGAAUUGUGUUCCGCGUCGAUUCCAUCGAAUUCGCUGGGCUUCGGCUCCUUCGCCGAGCUGCCCGCGCUGCUGGGGCGUUUCGCGAUUGCGGUUUUGAUGCAGCCGAGCGAAGCGGAGCGGUCGCUGCUGCAGCGCUGCGGCGUGGAGGUGCGUCGAUUGCUGUGGGUCUUCCAGUUCGAUCCCGCCUCUUUACCCAAAAACGUCGUUUAUUACGUCGAAAAUCCCGCGGAACUCGGCAUGACUCUCUGCGGAAACGCCUAUUACCCGCGGCAACACGUCCCUCACAUCCCCACGGUUCUCGCAAUCGCGGGAAACGACUCCUGCGGAGGCGCCGGAAUCCCCGCGGAUAUCAAGACGGCGACGAUGCUGGGCGUGUACUCGGCGCCGUGCAUAACCGCGGUGACGGUGCAGAACUCGCGGGGCGUUUCGAAGAUCGUGAUGAUGACCGGAGCGUGUGUGGAGGAACAGAUCAGCUGGGUGUGCGACGACAUACACGUGGACGCGGUCAAGAUCGGCAUGACCGGAUCGUUGGACGUGAUCCGCGCGAUUACCGCGGGGAUCCGCAAGUUCCAGUUCAGAAACGUGGUUCUGGACCCCGUUAUGGUGGCCACCAGCGGGGACAAACUGACGAGCGGAGACAUCUGCGAGUGUCUGAAGAACGAACUGCUGCCGCUCUGCACGAUCGUGACCCCUAAUCUACCCGAGACCUCCUUGUUAUUGGGUCGGACGGUGAGUGGAAACGUGGAAGAGAUGAAAACCGCGGCAAGAGAAUUGGGACAGCUGGGAUGUCCCUAUGUCCUGGUGAAGGGCGGCCAUAUGGAGGGCGAGCAGGCGGUGGAUGUGCUAUAUUCGCGGGAAUCCGACGAUUUUUGCGAGUUCUCGGAUUGGGUCGUGUACACAGGAAAUAACCACGGAACCGGGUGCACGCUGUCGUCUGCGAUCGCAGCGAACUUGGCGAAGGGUUUGCCGAUGAGGGAGGCGGUGAAGAAUGCGAAGAAGUAUGUUCAUGAUGUCCUGGAGGGAAGUCGCUUCCUACGUAUUGGAAGAGGAGUUCAGGGACUGAUGAAUCAUAUGUGCACGCAAUAUCUUUAUGAGUGAUAUUGCUCGUGUUUGGCUUGCCAUGCAC